AUGUCUUUAUUUUCAACAGGGUCCCCAAAUGCUAGCCACAAGAAUUUCGAGGGAGGAAUGCCUUUGACCGAUGAAAGCAUUGAAUCGAGCACCCACGAGAGAAGCUUAUCAUUUGACUGCGAAGGAUCGAGCAAGAAGAGUUUGGCCGGCUCCGGCGGCCACCUUGAACCCUUGUUGUCCUGCAAAUUUGGGAACUUCAAACCAGUGGCUGGUGAGGCUGGAGAUAACCCCUCAAACAAGAAGCAGAAGUUGGACCAUUUGAAUACCAACAUAGUCCCCGAGGCUUCUGAAAUGGAGAAACUGCUUGCCAAACUUUCUCCCAGACCCCAGUCGACAGGUGUCAAAUCUUUUGUGGAUUUGGAAGCUUUCGCCAAGAUACCUGAGCAGCAAGAUUGCUCCGACGGGGGAAAGCGUGUCCUCACAGGCAAUAGUGAAAUUCCAGAGGGCUAUGUGGAUGCCACCAAGCUUGUUAGCAUGUUGCCAAGCACUCCCACACCCAAGCCGUUUGAUAUAUCUACUUUAAUAGAUCCCGCUGAACCAGAUAUGACACAGACCGGGGCCUCGGAAGUGUUUCGCUUGAAGCAAGAACUGCUUGCUGCCAACUCGAAGAUCGCCCUGCAAGAACAAGAGCUGGCUCAAACCCGUGUGAUCAAACAUACUUUGGAUCAAGCCCUUGGCCCUCCUUCUGAAGCGGACUUCAAUGGUCGUGAAGUGACCGAGCAGACGAUCAGUCAUUUACAAAACGCGUUCAACGCAACCAGUCCGCCAUUCAACCAACUGCUGGACGGGUGGACUGGACAAGAUGACUCUCAAUCGGAUAUCUCGGAUGCUCUUUCCGCUGGAGCAUACAGCAGAGCUCAGAGAUUCUGGAUUUCCCCAACUCAACAUUCGUUUAGCAUGGGCUCCAAUGCCUCAAAUCCCGACAAAUCUUACGGGGAUGCCUUGCCAGUUCCUUGUAGCUCAUUGAGCCAAGAAUCAAGCAGUCUAUGGGGCACGUCAACAAUUCACACCCCCAACAUUCCUGGAAACGCCUCUCUUCAUUCCCACCGGGUGUUCUCCAGCAGCUCAUCCGGGCCCAAUUUUGAUACACGACUUCCAGGGGAGCAGGCUCGAUACCUUCAGGGAACAGGUCUCGGGUCACGUAGGCCUGUUUCCCAGUCCAACCGUGGUGGAUCUUGCUUCCCAGCGCAGAACUCUCCCUGGGGCACAUUCACGAAUGGCUCUCCAAACAAUCCUGCUUCUAGGUCACCACCCGGCCGACAUGGAACUGCUUAUCAGCAAGUCGGCUUAUAUCCAGUUCCCUCGUAUCAUCAACAACCGGCUGGUACUCCGCUUUCCCCAACGGCGGCUGAGUUCACUUCGGCCACGAACACGGGUGCUGUACCAUGGACAUCCUCACCGGUGAGUCUUGGUAGAAUCUGA